GGAGCAGGGAUGGCCAGGGACAGAUACUCCAGCGCUUCCCGGAGAAGGACUGGGAGGAUAACCCCUUCCCACAGGGCAUUGAACUGUUUUGUCAGCCGAGCGGUUGGCAGCUCUUCACCGAGCGGAAUCCCCCCUCCUUCUUCGUUGCUGUGCUGACGGACAUCAGCUCCGAGCGGCAUUACUGCGCCUGCUUCACUUUCUGGGAGGCUGUCGAGAGUGCCCAGUCUCAGAGCCACUCAAGGAAUGGUGAGGAGGAGGAAGAGGAGUCGUCAUCCCUCGUCCAGCCUGCGCAGCUCUUUGCCCCGAAGAGUUUGGUGCUAGUGUCCCGACUGGACCAUACUGAGGUUUUCCGGAACAGCCUGGGUUUGAUUUACACCAUCUACGUGGACGGGCUGAGUGCAUCGCUGGAGAACGUCAUUGGAAACCUCUUGACAUGCACCAUCCCCAUUACAGGGGGAGCUCAGCCUGACGUGGAGGACGAAAGAGCGAGGACGAUCUCUCUAGGGGCAGGCGACAGGCAGGUGAUCCAGACGCCCAUCAAUGACUCUCUCCCCGUCAGCAGCUGCAGCGUAGCAGUGCUCUUCCGGCAGCUCGGGAUCACCAACGUGCUGUGUCUCUUCUGUGCUGCACUCACCGAACACAAGAUCCUGUUUCUCUCCAGCAGUUACCAGAGACUCACAGACGCCUGCCGGGCCCUGCUUGCGCUCAUGUUCCCCCUCAAAUACAGUUUCACGUACGUGCCCAUCUUACCUGCACAGCUCCUUGAGGUGCUCAGCACUCCCACACCCUUCAUCAUUGGAGUCAGCUCCAUCUUCCACUCGGAGACGCAGGAACUGUUGGAUGUCGUCAUAGCAGAUCUGGAUGGUGGGACGGUGACCAUCCCAGAGUGCAUUCACAUCUCGCUGCUGCCUGAGCCACUGCUCCAUCAGACACGAGAAGCCCUCUCCAUGAUCUUGGACCCUGAGCUGGAGAUAGCAGACUUAGCAUUCCCCCCAUCAACCGUCUCUGCCCCCUCCCUCAAAAUGCAGGACAAGGAGAUCCGAGCUGUCUUCCUCCGCUUGUUUGCACAGUUGCUGCAGGGCUACCGCUGGUGCCUGCACAUUAUCCGCAUCCACCCAGAGCCAGUCAUCCGCUUCCACAAGGCAGCCUUCCUCGGUCAGAGGGGGCUAGUGGAGGAUGACUUCCUCACCAAGGUCCUGGAGGGCAUGGCGUUCGCUGGCUUUGUGACCGAGAGGGGCGCCCCAUACCGAGCAAUUGACCUGUUUGAUGAGCUGGUCGCCCAUGAAGUGAAGCGGAUGCGUGCCGAGGAGGGGAACAAGCAGAAAAUACUGCGGCACAUCAAGGAGCUGGCAGAGCAGCUCUAUAAAAAUGAGAACCCAUACCCCGCAGUGACGAUGCACAAGGUGCAGAAGCCCACAGAAGGCUGCUACCUGCGCCUACACCAGAGGCCUUUUCCCCGCUUGGACGAGGGGACAGUCCAGUGGAUCAUCGACCAGGCCACUGCCAAGCUGCAGACAGCCCCGCCGGCUGUGAAGGCGGAGAAGAAGUGUAUGGUGCCAUCGGGACCCCCCAUUGCUGCCAUCAUGGAGCGCAAUGGCAGUGCUCUGGCCAACAGCGCCCGCCGCCUGGAGGUGGUCAGGAACUGCAUCUCCUACGUCUUCGAGAACAAGAUGCUAGAAGCCAAAAAGCUGCUUCCAGCUGUGCUAAGGGCCAUGAAGGGCCGAGCAGCCAGACACUGCCUGACUCAGGAGUUGAACCUGCAUGUGCAGCAGAACAGGGCUGUACUGGACCACCAACAAUUUGACUUCAUUGUCCGCGUGAUGAACUGCUGUUUACAGGACUGCACUGCCAUGGAUGAGCAUGGGAUCGCAGCAGCACUUUUGCCACUAGUCACUGCUUUCUGCCGAAAACUGAGCCCGGGCAUCACGCAGUUUGCCUACAGCUGUGUGCAGGAACAUGUCGUGUGGACCAACAUCCAGUUCUGGGAGGCCAUGUUCUACUGCGACGUGCAGAACCACAUCCGAGCCCUGUACCUGGAGAGCAAUGAGGAGAAUCACGUGGAUGAGGAGGGGCCUCAGGAAGAGAAAUCUGCCCUGGAGAUUGCGUCGGAGCAGCGGAGGCUGUGGCCUACCAUGAGCCAGGAGAAGCAGCAGGAGCUGAUCCAGAAGGAGGAGAGCACGGUCUUCAGCCAGGCCAUCCACUAUGCCAACCGCAUGAGCUACCUGCUGCUGCCCCUCGACACCAGCAAGAACCGGCUGCUGCGCAGCUCGGGGCUAGGCGACGUGGAGAGCGUCAGCAACAGCUUCGUCACCAACAGCAUUGCUGGCAGCGUGGCCGAAAGCUACGACACGGAAAGCGGGUUUGAGGAUGCCGAGAGCUCCGACGUGGCCAACUACGUGGUACGCUUCAUCAACCGCUUCGUGGACAAGGUGUGCACGGAGAGCGGCGUCACCAACGAGCACCUGAAGGGGCUGCACAUCAUGAUCCCUGACAUCGUGCAGAUGCACAUAGAGACACUGGAUGCUGUGCACAGGGAGAGCAAGAGGCUUCCUCCUAUUCAGAAGCCCAAGCUGCUGCGCCCCAGCCUGCUGGUGGGUGAGGAGUGUGUCAUGGAAGGGCUCCGCGUGUACCUCAUGCCUGACGGACGUGAAGAAGCUGCCGGAGGGAAUAUUGGGGGCCCCCCACUGCUCCCCGCUGAAGGAGCCAUCUUCCUCACCACUUACCGCAUCGUUUUCAAGGGCACCCCCACGGACCCGCUGGUGGGGGAGCAGGUGGUGGUCCGGUCCUUCCCCAUUGCCUCCUUGACCAAAGAGAAGAAGAUCAACGUCCAGGCCCAGGCCGAUCAGUUCAUCCAGAAAGAGAAGAAGAUCAACGUCCCGGCCCAGGUGGAUCAGUUCAUCCAGGAGGUGCUGCAGCUGCGCUCAUGCACGUUCCAGUUGCUGCGGAUCGCCUUUGACGAAGAGGUGGCUUCAGAGAGCGCCGAGGUCUUCAGGAAGCACCUGCACAAGCUGCGCUAUCCCCAGCACGUACGCGGCACCUUCGCCUUCACCGUGGGCCAGUCACCCAAGCAAGCCAUGCAGCCCAAGGCCAAGGAGAAAAACCCCUCACUCAGCUCCCAGCAGGUGACCGAUAUGUUCCAGGGCCUGGCAGUGGGUGUCAUAUCCCUCGGGCACCUUGGCCAUUCAUCCACGACGCUUUCCAAGAACCUGAUGAAGAAUGCCAAGAAGACCAUUGGCCGACCGUACGUGACCCGCAAGAAGUACACGCCGCCCACCUGGGAGCAGCGCAGCAGUCAGCACUUCCAGGAGGAUGACGAGGAUGAGAUCUCAGUGUCUGAAGAGAUAGACAGGAGCACCCUGACCCCCUCCACCAUCAUCAAACCUUCAGACAAGAUGACGAUGAGCCACCUAGUCGAGCGAGCCUGCUGCCGCGACUACCAACGGAUGGGGCUGGGCACGCUGAGUAAUAGCCUCACCCGUUCCAAGAACGAGCCCUUCCGCAUCUCCACGGUGAACCGCAUGUACGCCGUCUGCCGGAGUUACCCAGGGCUGCUGAUCGUCCCGCAGAGCAUCCAAGACAACACCAUCCAGAGGAUCUCGCGCUGCUACCGCCAGAACCGCUUCCCUGUCAUCUGCUGGAGGAACUCCCGCACCAAGGCCGUGCUGCUGAGAUCGGGGGGGCUGCACGGCAAGGGUGUUGUGGGCCUCUUCAAGUCGCAAAACGCCCCUACUGCAGGCCAGUCGCAAACGGACUCCACCAGCCUGGAGCAGGAGAAGUACCUGCAGGCAGUGAUCAACUCCAUGCCGCACUACGCUGACGCCAGCGGGCGCAAUACACUCAGCGGCUUCACCUCUGCACACAUGAGCAGUGCGGAUUCUUCCGACAAGAGGCAGCCCAAGCUGGGAUCGCUCAUGAAGCAGGUGAUGGGAGGGAAGGACGAUGGGCCAGGCACUAUUAGCCGAGGAGCGCUAGGUCCCAGAGCUAGGGUGGUCACUCUGUCCACCCCCAAGGGCGCAUCGGCGAAGGGCCGUGAAAGUCCCCGAGGCAAGUGGGGCAGCAUCCGGGCCAGCGGGCGCAUGAGCAACUAUGUCUUGAACAUGGAAAUCGGGUCCCGCCUGGCUGGGAAGGACCUGCUGAGCGCUCAGCACAAUGGGGCCCCCUCUGAGGCUAGCUUCCUGCGCCAGCACCGGGCCUCUCUCUACAUCAUUGGGGACAAGUCGCAGCUGAAGGGAGUGAAGCCAGACCCGCUGCAGCACUGGGAGGUGGUGCCCAUCGAGGUGUUUGACGUGCGGCAGGUGAAGGCCAGCUUCAAGAAGCUGAUGAAGGCCUGCGUGCCCGGCAGCCCCUCCACAGACCCCAGCCUCGCCUACCUGCGGACCCUGGAGGAGUCCGAAUGGCUGUCCCAGAUUCACAAGAUCCUGCAGAUCUCGGUGCUGGUGGUGGAGCUGCUGGAUACAGGUUCCUCCGUGCUGGUCAGUUUGGAAGAUGGCUGGGAUAUCACCACGCAGGUGGUGUCCCUGGUGCAGCUGCUGUCUGACCCCUACUACCGGACGAUGGAGGGCUUCCGGCUCCUCGUCGAGAAGGAGUGGCUGUCCUUCGGGCACCGCUUCAGCCACCGCGGAGCCCAGACCCUCGCUGGGCAGAGCAGCGGCUUCGCUCCUGUCUUCCUGCAGUUCCUGGACUGUGUCCAUCAGAUCCACCUCCAGUUCCCCAUGGAGUUUGAGUUCACCCAGUACUAUCUGAAGUUCCUCAGCUACCACUACGUCUCCAAUCGGUUCCGCACCUUCCUGCUGGACUCGGACUACGAGCGGAUCGAGCUGGGCCUCCUGUAUGAAGAGAAGGGCGAGCGGAAGAGCCAGCAGGUCUACAAGUCCAUCUGGGAUUACAUCGACCGGCUGAACAAGAAAACCCCUGUCUUCUUCAACUACAUGUACGCCCCCGAGGAUGGUGAGGUGCUGAGGCCCUACAGUAACAUCUCCAACCUGAAGGUGUGGGACUACUACACCCAGGAGGUCCUGUCCGAGGGCCCCUCCUACGACUGGGAGCUGGUGCAGGGGCAGCCAGAGCACGUGGAGGAGGUGGAUCGGCAGGACUCCAGUGCCCCGCAGACCAAGCGCAAAAUCAUCUGGCCGUGCUACGACAACCGCAGCCGAGUGGAGCCCGACGCCAUCUCCAAGCUGCUGGAGGAGCUGCACAACCUGGAGGCGGAGCUGGGCCAGGUGCCGGAGCGCUGGAAGGACACGUGGGACAAGGUCAAAGCCUCCCAACGCACAGAGGCCCGGCAGGAGGCCAGCAGGAUGGCGUCCAGUUCCCUGCUGAUGUCCUCCAGCCUGUUGCCCCACCGGCGCUCGCUGGGGGUCUACCUGCAGGAGAGCAGCGUGGGCUCCACCCUCAACCUCAGCCUGGACAGCGACACCAGCAGCACCUCCACCCCGUCCAGCGGGAAGCAGGGGGGCCCCAAGAGCACGAGCAACCUCUACAGCCAGUUCCAGAUGUCGGAGAGCGAGAACAGGUCGUACGAGGGGACGCUCUACAAGAAAGGAGCCUUCAUGAAGCCCUGGAAGCCCCGCUGGUUCGUGCUGGAUAAAACCAAACAUCAGCUGCGGUACUAUGACAACCGGAUGGACACAGAGUGCAAAGGGGUCAUUGACCUGGCAGAAGUGGAGUCCAUCACCCCCGGCACCCCCACCAUGGGGGCCCCCAAGACAGUGGAGGAGAAGGCCUUCUUCGACCUGAAGACGACGAAACGAGUUUACAAUUUCUGUGCCCAGGACGUGCAGCUGGCCCAGCAGUGGAUCGACCGCAUCCAGAGCUGCUUGUCGGACGCGUGAGCCUGACUCAGCAGCAGCCCCCGUUCCAGGCACGGAGUCCCCCGGGCCCCGGCGCAUGAAGCAGAGGCAAUGCCCAGGGUUAGCACCUGAGCUGGCCCAGGCCUGACUGAUUGAGGAGGAGGAGGCUGGAGGCCUUACUCUCCCCCACUGCCAGGGGCACAUCAUACUGGAAAGCCCCAGGCCCCCUGCGUGCUCAGGACAGAAGCAGGGGUCAGGGCAGGAUCAGUCUGUUACACUAUGGUAGGAACUGUCAGGCUAGGGGCAGUGGGGAUCCAGUCUUACAACCCUACUAAGCCUGUCUGAGCCACAUAAUUACUGGCUCCCACCCCCGGCAGGACAUGGACCUGGGGUCCCGGCUCCCACCCCCACCAGGACACGGGCCUGUGGUCCCUGGCUGGGCAGCGCAGCUCCCACCCCUGGCAGGACACGGGCUGGGGUCCCUGGCUGGGCAGCGCAGCUCCCACCCCUGGCACGACACGGGCUGGGGUCUCUGGCUGGGCAUGGUGUUUGUCUGAGCAGUGCGCUGGUUCUCUUGCAAAUGCUGCCGUGGGGUUUUACUGGCCCUUUGCUGGGAGAGGCUCCAGGAGGUGCUGUGCAUUGAACCCCCCCAGCCGCCAUUGGGGAGCAGCAGGAGCUUUCCCCCGUUACCCCUCUGCACCCCUAGGAGCUGCCUGUGAACUUGCACAUCCAGUCUGUAACUCCACGUGGACCUGCCGCCAGCCCCUUGGGGCACUCGGCUCUGGCCCAGCCCUUCUGAGCGGCACACGGCUGGGGACCUGAGCUCAGGGUUAGCCUGCUUAGCAAGGCCAGAGGAGAGCUCCGUGGACAGUAGGCCAAGAGGACUGGGACCAUCCUGCCUACCCCAUGUCCAGCAACUGGGCCAUAUCCCCCCGGGACGGGUACUGUCUCUGCUGGCACAGUGUCUGCACAAGAGUAGUGCCCCCCCAUGAGCCGCUCUGGGGGGAAGAGGGGCCUCCUUCCUGUCCUGCUCUGGGGGGAUGGGGGGGUGUCUCAUUAGCAGUAUUGUAGCUUUAGAGUCCACUCCUCUUUUGGUCUGCCCCUGGCGGGGGAGGGAGGGUGACUGAGGCCUGGGACCUGCUUAUAUUCUUAGUCCCACUGUCUCCCCCCCCCCAGGAAACCUGUGCUCAUUCAGGCUGUGGGGGAGCAGGUUCCCCCGACGCAGCGUAGCUCCCCCUCUGCAGGUUGGAUUGCUAUGGGGCUUGUCUGGCGGAGCCCCCAUCCCUCUCCCUGCAGUGAGUGGGGGGAAGGGUUGCUGUGGGGCUGGGCUGUUGCUCUCAGAGAGGUUCUCUGGGGCGAGCUGUAGAACAGGAUAACAAGGCCAGUUACAGGGACUGUCCUGGGGCCUGUGUACAGGAGCAGUGUGGCAUGAGCCCCUCACCUCCCAGCCUUGCUCUGGGCUCACCAGCCACGCUGCCCCAGGGAGUGAAGUGGCCAGAGCUUGGAGAUCACAGCCCAGAGCUGCUGCCUUGUGUGUCAGCUCUCCCCUGCUUCUGCAGCUUGUGCUUGGAUCACUGCAGCCCCAGCCCCUAGGCAUGCAGCGGCAAGUCUCCAUGCAGCCGCUGUGCAGAGCAAGGCCUCCACUUUGAGCCGGGACAUGCCCCAGCCUUGAUGGGGAAGGCAGGGAGCUCCUCACUGCCAUUGUGCUGUGGGGGCCAACCUCAGCUCCUUGAGAUCCCCUGAGUGCAAUGGAUCCAUUGUGCUGGGGUGUUCAGAGCUCAGCUCCUGACACCCGCCCCCCAACUGUGUACCAGGGACAAGCUUGUGCUUUAGCCCCCGCUCUCUAGCACUUCCACUGAGCCCUCCCCAGCCCGCUUACUGCUGUAACUUAUUGUCAGUGCAAAGGUGGCAUCAUGAGACUGAGGCGAUGGCAUCUCUGGUACAGAAACAAAUCCCCUUUAUCCUCCCUGGUUUGCACCUUGGCAAGCUUAGCCCCCAAGCAGCUCACAUGCUAGAGCCGUGUGCUCGUCCCAAAACCCAGCGGGCAUCUGCGUGUGAUCCCUUGGGGCCAAGGAGCUGCCUGGUCACAUGAGAUCAUUCCUGGCCUCGGUAGCAAACCCCCCCCCACGCCCCUCGGUUAGAGUUCACCACCUUCCUGCCAUUGCCCCUUGGGCCUGGGACCUGCCCUCUCCCGCUGACCGUUCUACCUGUCUUGUUUUUAAAGGAGUACAAUGUUUUAUUUCAGUGCAGAGCUCUUUGUACAGUCUUAACCCCCAGGGUCCCCUCUUCCUUUUCCUGUAUGAUCAUGGCGGUGGCAGGUAGUUGGUGCAACAGGGAGGUUUUUGUAACUUCCCGGAGCAGUUGUAGAUUAUUGAAGUUUCUGUACAUUGUGUCAAACAUACAGAGUCCUUGUAUUGUAUUGUGCCUAGAGGGAAAAUGUUGUUAUAUAAAGAGAAAACUAACUGAAUUUAAUAAAAAAUUAAUAUGCAUA